GUCGUGUGUGGUGGUAUCUUGGCAACGGACCGCGUCCACGAUAAAUUGAAGGUUUGUAUAUUGAAAACCCAACACGGUACGGGAAUUUAAGAAGAUUUAAGCACUUGCAAUCCUAAGCAACAUAUCUGACAAAUCUCCCGUUUGAAGUCAUGGGGGUGUCGCUGUCCAAGGCGGCACAGUGGACCACCUUCAGUCCAGACGCCGGCAAACUGAAGUUCACGCCAACAAACCAGGCCCUGCUGAAGGAGAUCCUGAGCUUCCUGGAGCGGAUCGUCUCCCAACACCCACAGGAGGCCGACUGUGUCUUUGAGGCGCCGCUGCAGUGGCGCACCACCUCGUUGGCACCUGAUCCCAAAACAGACAAUGACAUCAGUGUCUCCACUGCACGGUCUCACGAGGCGAACAGCGAGGGGGCGCUCUCUCCUCCCACUGCUCACAGCUUCUCCCAGCUUUCCAGACUAAUUCAUGCCGCUGAAGAUAAGAAGCUGGAAGAGAUUCAAGCGUGUCUGGAAGAAAACAGGAACUUCCUGGUUAAGAUUCUUGGUCGCAGAUUUGCCUCCCAGUUGAUUGGAGAUGAUUCUGACGCUGAGAGCCUCAAAAAGGAUGAAACCUCAGACGUCAAAUCCAGACUGAUGGUCCUGCUGCAGAACACAGACGAACAGAUCCUGAGGGAGCUUCUCCGAGACGUCUCAGACGCCCAGUACGACCCAGACCUCAUGAAGGUCGAGAUGGACUUUCUGCAGUUCUGCAGCGAGGGGGACGACCGGCUGCUGAAGUCAGUCCGCUACACGUCAGAUUUUGAGUACUGGAAUGGCUGUCGAGCUCCCCCUUGGAGACAGGCGCAGGGGGAGAUUUGUUACGUCGUAAUUGAGCCGAUGGACACCGAGAGGCUCAGCGUCACCUGCUGCACCGCUGGAGUUUUCCUCAAUGGGGGCGGGAAUCCAGAAGAGGACGAUGGCUGCAUUCGAACAAGUGAAAUUUACCCCGAUUUGGUGACUCUCAUGAAGAGAAGAUCUUCAUAUUUCGCAUUAAACCUGGUCAAAGAGGUACCGUACCUUCCAUCAGCACAGAGGACUCAGCUGUCUGUGUCGAAGCUUCACGACAGCAGAACCCUUGAGCCGAGGUGGAGGGAUCUCCUUCUGUCGACCGGAGGCGGAGAGGAGGAGAAGAAGCUCAGAAGGAGCUCUGCGGAGAAGAAGAAAAGGCUGGAGUCAGGGACCAGGAGCAAAACAAAACCAGAGGUCAUCGUGUCGUCUUCACCUGCACGCCUGACCUCCCUGACCAAGAAGACGUCGUCGAAAGCAACCGUCGCAGAUUUUUCCAGCGAGACGUCCAGCAAGAGCGAGGAGGAAGAAGAGCAGCCAGAGCGCCGUCCAAAGAGCGACUUCUACCUGUCCUCUGAGUUCUUGCAGAUCAAGAAACUGGUGAAGUACCUCAAGAAAAGCGACCAGAAAGUCACUCUCCUCGUGCUUUGCUGCAUGCUGGACUUGGAUCUCACGCAGGAAUCUUGCAACCUGGUCAUCCGGGAUGAAGGCGGCCUGAAAGUCCUUCUUAACCUGCUGGACACAAAUGAAGACGAAUGCAAAAUGGGAGCUCUAAAGAUCUUGAUCAGGAUGAGUCGAUGCGUGCCCAUCCAGCGCAGCAUCGAGGACAUGCUCGGGGUGCGGAGCUUUGUGAACAACCUGGACUCAGAGGUGACCAAGGUGAAGGCUUUAGCAGCUGAAACCAUCGCCAAUGUGGCCAACUUCCCUCGAUCAAGAAGAACUGUCAGGCAAUCGGGCGGGAUCGAGAAACUGAUAAAACUACUGGAUGGUUUCCUGAAGUCUCAGAAGAAGAGUGACAACUCAGAGGACAUGGAGGCCGCCCGCUGUGGCGCCUUAGCUCUGUGGAGCUGCAGCAGGAGCACCAGGAACAAGAAGGCCAUCUGCAAAGCUGGGGGCAUCCCUCUGCUGGGAUGUCUGCUCACAUCUUCACUGGAGAGCAUGCUCAUCCCAGUGGUGGGCACGCUGCAGGAAUGUGCAUCAGAGGAAAGUUCCAGGAUUACCAUUCAAUCCAAAGACAUCAUCCAGAAUUUGGUCAAAAACCUGAGGAGUGACAGCACAGACUUAAAGAUCCAGUGCUCCAUGGCACUCUUUAAGUGUGCAGAGGACAAAGAAACCCGUGAUCUGGUGCGCAAGUACAAGGGCCUGAAGCCACUGGUGGAGCUGCUCAACACCAACAAUAAGGAGCUCCUGGCUGCUGCCUCUGGAGCCAUCUGGAAAUGUUCCAUCAGCUCAGAAAAUGUGGUAAUCUUUCAGCAGGACAAAGUACUGGAGAGCCUUUCUCGUCUGCUCACUGAUCAGCCGGAGGAAGUUCUUAUCAACGUGGCGGGGGCCCUGACGGAGUUUCUUCAGAUCCCCGCAAACAAGGCCGCCAUCCGAAAGUGUGAUGGCAUCAAACCAAUGAUACAACUGCUCUUAAGGACAAACCAGGCGCUGCUUGUGAAUGUCACCAAGGCUGUGGGUGCGUGCGCCACCGAUAAGGAAAAUAGGAAGAUCAUUGACGAGCUUGACGGAAUCAGUCUGCUGUGGGCCCUUCUACAAAACCCCAAUCCAGAUGUUCAGUCCAGUGCUGCAUGGGCCAUCUGUCCGUGCAUCGACAACUCAAAGGAUGCCAUGACAACGGUGUUAUCCUUCCAAGGAUUUGGUCUGAUACUGAAUUUACUCACGUCAACAAACAAGGAGGUGCUGGUCAGCACUUGUGCGGUCAUCGCUAAACUAGCCAAGUACAAAAACAUCCUCACGACCCUCACCGAGUACGGGAUUGUCUCACUGCUGACCAAGCUGACAAACACAAAGGACGACAGGCUCCGUCACCACCUUUCCGACGCCAUCUGCAACUGCUGUCAGCACGCCAACAAUGUUGCCUCCUUCGGUGAGGCCGGAGCCGUGGAGCCUCUGGUGAAGUACAUGAAGUCGGAAGAUGUUUUGGUCCGACAGAGCGCAACCAUGGCCCUCUUUCAAUUAUCCUGGGACCCCAACAACAACCUCACCAUGCUGUCUAAAGGAGCCGUCAAACGCCUGAUUCCCAUGAUUGGCUCCACUCUGGAGGAGGUCCAGGAAGCCGCUGCCUGCUGCGUACGCAACAUCCGAAUGACAGCCAUGGAAUGCAGGAGGGCAAGCCGAAUCUCCAGACCGACCCAGGAGGGGUGUCAAUAGUUGGUUUGACAUGUUUGUGCUGAUUUUCCAUGAAUUUAUGCUUCAUGUGUUCCUGAAGAGCCUUCAGCUUUCUGCUUCCAUGAACAAGUUUGAAUUAAACAAACGUAGCAAAAA